CCCCGCUUGGGUAAUCGUCCCCCUGCUAUAUUUAAAAAACCACAGACGUUUGGUGGAAAACUCAAUUUUGGAAUUGGAAUUGCAGACGGCGUCUCCUAAGGACAAGGGGAAAGCCGGUGCCGCGCGCCCAUUGCCCGCCCUCCCUGCCGGCUGCCCGGAGCUCGGGACUCGGAGGAAUCCAGGUCAGGACGCGCCGCCGUCUCCCAAGCACCGCUGGCCGGGAGGAGCGGGGCGCCAGGCUCCGACGGAUGGGUGGGCGGCCCGGGCGAGGAGUGGUGUCUGCAUUCGUCCUCGGGUCUCUCUGGACUCAACGAGGUGCAGGCUGGACUUCCACCCCGCCGGCCGGGGAGCGAUCUGAAAAUUCCCCCCACGGCCAGGCGAGGAUGCGGACGCGCGGCUUGUCACUGCGCGCAGCGCGCUCUCUCCCAGCUGAUAGGGUGACGCUCGCCGUGCGGGCUCAGAGAUUGGCUUUUUGAUUUGGCUUCUUGCUGCAGCUUAGUGGGCAAAGCUCUCGGCUCUCCCAGAAGCCAGCCCCUCCGCGCGUCCCCUCCGUGCGCGGCGAGGCCGAGACGUCGCUCGCGGUGACGGCGCGCGAGGAGGGGAGCCGGCGCUCUCCCAGCUCCGGGAAACCCCGGCGCCGCGCCUGCAAUCCGGGGGGUCCCUCGGAGCCACGGGUACGCGCCGGCUGCCCGCCUUCCUGCCCCUCCCGGCAGGCAGGGAUCCCCUGCAGCCGGCGGCCGGGACUCCGGGCCUCUCCCGGGCUUAGUCCGGAGCCCGGGGUCGGGGGUUUGCGGCGGGGUCUUGGGCGGGUUUUCCCUGCUCCUGAGAUCCGCGCCGAGGGACCCCUCCCCACGUGCCCCGCCCCGGCCCCAGCCCCAGCCCGGCCCUCGCGCUCCAGAUGCGCUGCCCCGCAGCCCGCUGACAGCUGCGAGCCCACGAGCCGCGGCAGCCGGCGGCCGACUGACAUGCCCCGGACGCGGCUGCGGCCGGCGGGCAGCCCGCGGGGGCGAUGAGCGGCGGCGGCCGCCGGUGAGGAGCCCGGCCGAGGGGGGCUUCGCACGCCUUCCUCCCCCCUUCAUUUGUCCACUCCGCUCGGGGGGACCGACCGGGAAGACACGGUCUCUGGCCUGUCAGGAGGACCAUUGGUGCUGCAGUGGAAGCCAGUGGCUAAGUCUCAUGUAUGGCGUGGUUAAGGUUGCAGCCUCUCACCUCUGCCUUCCUCCAUUUUGGGCUGAUAACUUUUGUGCUCUUCCUGAAUGGUCUUCGAGCAGAGACUGGUGGCUCAGAGGAUGUGCCCAGCACAGGGCAGAACAAUGAAUCCUGUUGGGGGUCAUUGGAAUGCAAGGAGGGUGUCAUAUUACCAAUCUGGUACCCAGAGAACCCUUCCCUUGGGGAUAAGAUUGCCAGGGUCAUUGUCUAUUUUGUGGCCCUGAUAUACAUGUUCCUUGGGGUAUCCAUCAUUGCUGACCGCUUCAUGGCAUCUAUUGAAGUCAUUACUUCUCAAGAGACAGAAGUGACUAUCAAAAAGCCCAAUGGAGAGACCAGCACAACAAUGAUUCGGAUAUGGAAUGAAACUGUCUCCAACCUGACCCUUAUGGCUCUGGGUUCCUCUGCUCCUGAGAUCCUCCUCACUUUAAUUGAGGUGUGUGGUCACGGGUUCAUUGCUGGUGAUCUGGGACCUUCUACCAUCGUAGGCAGUGCAUCCUACAACAUGUUCAUCAUCAUUGCCAUCUGUGUGUAUGUGAUCCCUGAUGGAGAGACUCGUAAGAUCAAGCACCUACGAGUGUUCUUCGUCACUGCUGCUUGGAGCAUCUUUGCCUAUAUCUGGCUCUAUAUGAUCCUGGCAGUCUUCUCUCCUGGUGUGGUCCAGGUUUGGGAAGGCCUCCUCACUCUCUUUUUUUUCCCAGUGUGUGUGCUUCUGGCCUGGAUAGCAGAUAGGAGACUGCUAUUCUACAAAUACAUGCACAAAAGGUACCGUACAGAUAAACACAGAGGAAUUAUCAUAGAGACAGAGGGUGGCCACUCCAAGAGCAUUGAGAUGGAUGGGAAAAUGAUGAAUUCCCACUUUCUAGAUGGGAAUCUGGUGCCACCAGAAGGGAAAGAGGUGGAUGAGUCCCGAAGGGAGAUGAUCCGGAUUCUCAAGGAUCUGAAGCAAAAAUAUCCAGAGAAGGAUUUAGAUCAGCUGGUAGAGAUGGCCAAUUACUAUGCUCUUUCCCAUCAACAGAAGAGCCGCGCCUUCUACCGGAUUCAAGCCAUCCGUAUGAUGAUUGGUGCAGGCAAUAUCCUGAAGAAACAUGCUGCAGAACAAGCCAAGAAGUCCGCUGCUAUGAGUGAGGUGCACGCUGAUCAGCCUGAGGACUUUGCCUCCAAGGUCUUCUUUGACCCAUGCUCUUACCAUUGCCUGGAGAACUGUGGGGCUGUACUCCUGACAGUGGUGAGGAAAGGGGGGGACACAUCCAAGAUCAUGUAUGUGGACUACAAAACAGAGGAUGGUUCUGCCAAUGCAGGGGCUGACUAUGAGUUCACAGAGGGCACCCUGGUUCUGAAGCCAGGAGAGACCAAGAAGGAGUUCUCUGUGGGCAUCAUUGAUGAUGACAUUUUUGAGGAGGACGAAUACUUCUUUGUGAGGUUAAGCAAUGUCCGCAUAGAGGAUGAGCAGCAAGAGGAAGGGAUGGCUCCAACAAUACUGAAUAAUCUUCCCUUGCCUUCCAGGGCUGUCCUGGUGUCCCCUUGUGUGGCCAAAGUCACUAUCUUGGAUGAUGACCAUGCAGGCAUCUUCACUUUUGAAUGUGACACUAUUCGUAUCAGUGAGAGUAUUGGUGUCAUGGAGGUCAAGGUUCUGCGGACAUCAGGUGCCAACGGCACAGUCAUCGUCCCCUUUAGGACAGUGGAAGGGACAGCCAGGGGUGGUGGUGAGGAUUUUGAAGACAUAUAUGGGGAGUUGGAGUUCAAGAAUAAUGAAACUGUCAAAACAUUUCCCAUCAAGGUAAUUGAUGGUGAGACGUAUCAGAAAAACAAGAAUUACUUCAUUGAGAUGAUGGGCCCCCGCAUGGUGGAUAUGAGUUUUCAGAAAGCGCUUCUGUUAUCUCCAGAGGUGACAGACAGGAAGCUGACUCCGGAGGAAGAGGAAGCCAAGAGAAUAGCAGAAAUGGGAAAGCCAGUAUUGGGUAAACACCCCAAACUAGAGGUCAUCAUUGAAGAGUCCUAUGAAUUCAAGAAAACAGUGGACAAACUGAUCAAGAAGACAAAUAUGGCCUUGGUCGUGGGGACCCAUUCCUGGAGGGACCAAUUCAUGGAGGCCAUCACUGUCAGUGCAGCUGGGGACGAGGAGGAGGAUGAAUCAGGCGAGGAGAAGCUGCCCUCCUGCUUUGACUACGUCAUGCACUUCCUGACGGUCUUCUGGAAGGUGCUGUUUGCCUGCGUGCCCCCCACAGAGUACUGCAGUGGCUGGGCCUGCUUCUUCGUCUCCAUCCUCAUCAUCGGUGUGCUCACAGCCAUCAUCGGGGACCUGGCCUCCCACUUUGGCUGCACCAUCGGCCUCAAGGACUCGGUCACAGCUGUUGUUUUCGUGGCAUUUGGCACCUCUGUGCCAGAUACCUUUGCCAGCAAAGCCGCCGCCAUGCACGAUAUGUAUGCAGACGCCUCCAUUGGCAAUGUCACUGGCAGCAACGCCGUCAACGUCUUCCUGGGCCUUGGCCUGGCCUGGUCCGUGGCCGCCAUCUACUGGGCCAUGCAGGGAGAGGAGUUCCGCGUGUCUGCGGGCACGCUGGCCUUCUUCGUCACCCUCUUCACCAUCUUCGCGUUCGUCUGCAUCAGCGUGCUCCUGUACCGCCGGCGGCCCCACCUGGGCGGGGAGCUGGGUGGCCCCCGGGGCUGCAAGCUGGCCACGACGGGGCUCUUUGUGACCCUGUGGCUCCUCUACAUACUCUUUGCCUCGCUGGAGGCCUACUGUUACAUCAAGGGGUUCUGAGCCACAGACACUGCCUCCGGCAGGGCAGGCCUAUGAUUUCUCUAGAGAGAAGGGUACCCCCCCCCCCAGGGACCUCCCGGGGAUGAGCAGCCCUGGAGAGGUGGCUUCGGGACCCGAGCCCCAGGACCUCCACCGCGGCAGUGAUCCGAAAGGGCAGAGUCUUCAGCAAUCAGACAGAAUGGGGGAAACACCCACACUACCAAGUAUUUAAUUCCGUACAAACCAACAACAGCAACAAAUCCACCUCCACCCAUUCGCCCCACCCCCACCCCCCGCCAUGUCUCUGACCUGUAGCCAAGGUCAGAUCCCUUCACCAUCUUCUAUUUCACCUUCUGACUCCUCCUGUGCUUCUACUGUCAUCAGGGCAGGGCUCCUCCUAUCUGUGCAAUUUGAUGCACCGCUGUCCUCACUCACCUGGCGGGUGGUGGAAAUCAGUCUCAGCCCUGUGGCUGGUUUGGGGCUCUCUCCUCAUUGGAAUCAUUAUCAUGGUUGCUUUCGUUUUUCCGUCAGGUUUUGCUCGUCAUCCAUUCAUUUUGUCUUUUCUCUGACGUUCAUGACAAAGGCGCUGGGCGCUGUGGAGGAACCCAAGGUUUGAGCCAGUGGGCAGAGGCGUGAAUUGUCAGACACACACUCUCCCACUCUCAGCAGGUGACAGCUGCCUCUCAGCCCCCCUCGAGGCCCUGUCCCCCAUCUCCUUUUCGUCUCUGGGACGAAGAGAUCUUGCACACCCACGCAGGGCACCAGAGAUCCUGGUGGGGUGGUGGCAGGAGAUGGAUGUCAAAGUUCAAAAGAAGCAGUCAUUGUUCUCUUCCUUGCCCGGGCCUUUCAAAUUCUGUCUCCUGCUGGCCAUGUCUCCAUGUUCUUUCUUCUGCAGGAAGGCCAGCCCAAUGGAGACAAGGGACAGAAAUAGGAGUGGUGUGGGAUGGCAGAGGGCAGCUGGGGACAGAAAAUGGGUUUUCACCUUCUUGAGUACUAUUUUUGGCUUUGUAUCUGAGCCAGGAGAGAUGGGAUGUCCCACUAGGGAGAUACUUAAGGGCAAAGAUAUUUAAAAUGCCAGUGCUUCUGAGAAAGGUCAGCUUCGCCCCACCCUUCACUGUCGUGCACCGUACUAAGCGGUCUGGCUGUAUUUCUUGAGGUAAUGCAAAACAUUUUUAAGAAGGCAAGGGGUCCCUUUCACCUCUCCUGGACCCCUAGGCCAAGUUUGAAAGCAUUUUCACAAGAUGGGAGCUGGGAUUUCUCCCUGUCUCCCACAUUCCUGCUUGGUUUAAAACCUCCUAAAGCUCUUUUUUUAAGCCUGUGGGCUAUUUCUUGUCCCGGUAGGAGGAAUCUUAGUUGCCAUAAUCCCAUGGAGCCCGAGUUUAUAGAAAAAGAGAUUGUCCUGCCCUCUAGAGCUUCUCCCAGCAAACUUUGAAAGGACCUGGCUUCACACACACACACACACACACACACACACAAAACUGCCCACAGAUCUUCAGGCUUUCUGCAUUGACAUAAAUACAUUUUUAAGGGGGGAAAAUAAAAUAAAAAACCUGUUUAAUUUUAAACACAUUUUUUUAAGAAAAAGAAAUAACUAAAAAGAUACAGCGCUCAUGUCAUAAGCUAUUGUUGACAGUUGCCAGUGGAAAUGUUGGGUUGGUUUAAAAAAAAAAAAAUAAAAGCUAUACUUAUAUCUCUCUA